UUGGUUUAUGAGUUCAUGAUCAACGGAAAUUUGGACAUCUACCUGUUUCAUCCAAUGAAAAAGUUGAGCUUGGACUAGGGUAGUAGGGUUAAUGACUUAGGAUCAUUGAAGGAGUUACCAAGGGCUGUUGUACCUCCAGGAAUACUCAAACUUCACCAUCAUCCACAGGGAUUUGAAGGGCAGUAACAUUCUUCUAGACGAUGGGAUGAACCCCAAGAUUUCAGACUUUGGGAUGGCGAAACUCUUCAGAAAAGAUCUGUGUGAAGCUAACACCAGUAGGAUUGUCGGAACAUAUGGAUAUGUGCCUCCUGAAUACGUGAAGAAUGGAAUAUACUCAAUGAAAUACGAUGUCUACAACUUUGGGGUAUUCCUCCUACAAAUUAUAGCAGCAAAAGGUCCCAAUGUUACUAUGGUCCAAACGAAGACAUGCACCUCUUGGACUAUGUAAUGAUCCCACUUAUUCCAGGCCUUCCAGAGUUAGCUGUAACAAGCAUAAGCACAAGAACAAAAAAUUACUCUGUAUUUUUUUU